AUGGCCACCAUGACCAUGGUCACCUUCUCCACGGCGCUCACCAUCCUUAUCAUGAACUUGCAUUACUGUGGUCCCAGUGCCCGUCCAGUGCCGGCCUGGGCGCGGGCUUUCCUACUGGGAUACCUGGCACGGGGCCUGUGCGUGCGAGAACGAGGGGAGCCCUGUGGGCAGUCUAGACAGCCCGAGUCACCCCGCAGCCCCCAGCCUCCAGAGAGAGGGGCCGGCCCCCCAGCAGGCCCUUGCCGUGAGCCCCGGUGUCUGUGCCAUCAGGAAGAGCUGCUGCGCCAUGUAGCCACCAUUGCUCACACCUUCCGCAGCCACCGGGCUGCCCAGCAGCGCCACGAGGACUGGAAACGCCUGGCCCGCGUGAUGGAUCGCUUCUUCCUGGGCAUCUUCUUCUCCAUGGCCCUGGUCAUGAGCCUCCUGGUGCUCGUGCAGGCGCUGUGA